UUCUCACGUGGUGACGUCAUUAACACGCGCCUCUUCCGUGUGGUUGUGCAUAAGUUUUGGAUACUCUGUGAAUUUAAAACAAAGCUUUAAAAUGCCUAUGAAAGGACCAUAUCCUAUAAGAAGGACUCUGCAGUACCUCCAGAAAGGCGACAUCAUAUUUAAAGACAGAGUGAAGAUUAUGACUGUGAAUUACAACACUUCUGGAGAACUCGGCGAGGGAGCAAGGAAGUUUAUAUUCUUCACUAUUCCUCAGAUCCAGUACAAAAACCCGUGGGUACAAAUAAUGAUGUUCAAAAAUAUAACGCCAUCUCCGUUUUUGAAGUUCUACCUGGAUGAUGGAGAACAAGUGCUGGUGGAUGUGGAAGGAAAGGACUACAGGCAAAUUUCACAGCAUGUUAAGAAGAUUUUGGGGAAAUCACAACAAAUGCUGCAGCUUGAGGCUCAAGCCAAGAUGCAGGCUGCAAAUCCUGCCAACUUUGGUCCAAAGAAGUAUUGUCUGAGGGAAUGUAUCUGUGAGGUGGACGGGCAGGUUCCCUGUCCCAGCACAGUACCACUGCCAAAGGAGAUGACUGGAAAAUAUCGUGCCCAAGCAUCACAGGAUUGAUGAUUGAAGCGGACUGUUUAUCAUCAGAUGCUUCUGCACUGUAACAACUUUUUUUUGUAUGAAGUACUGAUAUUCCGUGUUGUCAGAAGAUGUCAUUGGAGUCCAUCUUUCACUCUGUGGGCAUUUUAACUUCACACUCAAGCACCACAAAGUGCAAAGUUGUUUGUAGAUGUUGAAUCCACACGGCUGGAUGGUUAGUAUUAUGUCCUGCUUUACCAACACUGGGCCAAUUACUGCAAUGUAACUAUUGUAAUUAAAAACAUUUAACUCUGUGCCUGUUACUUUGAAAUUAAAUAUGAAAUACUCAAAUGUUGGAAAGUCAUGACAAAGAUCAGAUGGGUUUUCACAAACAUGCAUUAAUCACAUGACCAAAAACAAACACUUCACAGUAGACUUUAUUUAUUGGUUCUGAAAUCGAAUUCUGAUGUUAAACUGAUGUUUUGUGUCCAAAAUAUU